AUGAACGCAACUGUACCCGAGCCUCAUGAGCGUCACGCGACGCUCGACGUCUACACAGCCGCGAGAGUCUGCUCCGUUAAUAUAAUACCGUCCGGCAAAGAACAAUGGAAGUCUCGGGCGAUAAUAGAGCCACGCUACCGGUCCCAUAUCAUCGUUGACAUUGCCCCCCCCCCCCCCCCCCCCCCUUUCUUUCCUCUCCGCCAUUUUAUUGACACCGCCGCG